AUGGCGAUCCGCACAGUCGCUGCUUUCGGCGCUGAGGGUGCCGAGUCGGCACGUUUUGAGAAGGAGCCGGAAGAGCUUCUGUCGGCGAAGAUCGGCGGAAUUCGAUCCGGAGUGAAGAUUGGCGGCGCCUGGGGCGGCCUCAACUUCUUCUACUCCUUGCUCUAUGGCUUGGCUCUGUGGUUUGGUGGCCACGUCCUCCUUUCGGACGAGAACUCGGGCUUUGAACCUAGUCAUGUCGUCACCGUCAUGAUCGCCAUGAUGGUCGGUGUAUCGGGACUGAGCGCCUUCAGCGGUUUCGCCCCCAUGAUGGCGAAGGCCUACGUCUCCGCUAAAGCGAUGAAGGAGGUGAUGACGGCAGAUGCACGCACGAUCGAGCAGCCCCUCUACACGCAAGAGGCGCUUCCCGAAGCCUUGAGCACCGUGGAUACCGUGGAGUUUCGGAACGUGAGCUUCAGGUACCCGACAAGGCAGGACAAGUGGGUCCUGAGCAACUUCAACUUCCGGGUGCUGAAUGGUCAAAAGAUCGCUUUCGCCGGGGAAAGCGGCUGUGGCAAGAGCACCACGAUCCAGCUGUUGGAGCGCUUCUACGACCCUUGUGGAGGCGAGGUGUUGGUGAAUGGCAUCAACCUGAGCCAGAUUCCCGUCAAGGCGUGGCGCAAGCUCAUCGGGUACGUUGGACAGGAGCCGGUGCUUUUCGCCACCACUGUCAUGAAGAAUCUGAAGGCCGGCGAUAGUUCCAUCAGCGACGAGCAAGUCCACGAGGCGGCGAAAGCUGCGCAGAUCUACGACACCUUGAUCAAUCUGCUGGACGGUUUCGACACCUUUGUUGGAUCUGGAGGUGGGAUGCUGUCUGGAGGUCAGCGUCAGCGUGUUGCAAUUGCACGGGCCCUGGCGAAAAACCCACAGAUUUUGCUGCUCGACGAGGCCACCUCCGCAUUGGACAACGAGUCGGAACGCCUUGUGCAGGCGACCCUGGAUUCCCUCAACUCGGUCAUGGGCCGCAGCAUCACCACGAUCUCCAUUGCCCACAGGCUGACCACUAUCAAGGGCUCCGACGUGAUUUACGUGCUCAAGAACGGCCGCUGCAGUGAACAGGGCUCCCAUGACGAGCUCAUGGAGUUGAAGGGUGAGUACUACAGCAUGGCCAAGCUUCAGCAAUCCCACCGUGAGGAGGAGGAGGAGGAUCUUUCUGCGGUGACACCAGCCCCAGUGCCACGAAGUGAAGCACAACGCAAGUUCGGCAUGCAGAAGUCGAUGUCGAUGAUGCGACGCAGCGGGUCCGUCCUCAGCUUCUUUGAGUCAGCCUUCGAAAUGGAUGAGAGCGUCACCGCCACUCCUCGAAUCUGGGGACGACUUUUCGGCCUCAUGAGGCUCUAUUGGUGGGUCUGGCCAAUUGCUUUCCUGAUCAUCAUAGCAGAAGCCGCCGGUGCACCUCUCGAAGCAGUUUUCUUCAAUGGUGCCAUCCUAGCACUGUUCGAGAGCGAGAAAAUCGGUGUGGAGGCGAUGUACCCCAUGCUGGACCAGGCAGUUCUUUGCCUCGUUCUGGUGGGCUUAGGGUCUGGCGUCGCGGUGCUGUGCCAGAACGCGCUCUUCACCUACUUGCAGGAGUGCUUGUGCAUGAUCUUGCGGAAGAUGGCUUUCGCCUCCACCAUACGAAUGGACAUGGCCUUCUUCGAUGCCCCCGAGAAUCAGACGGGAAGCAUCCUGGUGUCCCUGGAGAGGCACAUGAAUCGUGUUGGGCAGAUGCUGGGCAUCCAACUUGGGAACUCGACAGGCGCCAUCUUCACUUGCCUCAUCAGUAUCGGCAUGAGCUUCUUCGGAUCCUGGGUGCUGGCAUUGAUCCUGUUCGCUCUGAUGCCAAUCUGCGGAUUCCUGGGCCUUGCAGUCGCUGCUUGUGCCACCCGCGUGGAGCAGAGAGGAGAGGCGGCUUAUGGUAAGUGUGGGAAGGAGACAGCCGAGGCGGCGACGGCCAUCCGCACUGUGAGGGCUUUGGGAGCCGAAGAGUACACCCUGGAGAUCAUCGACGAAUCCCUGGAUGUCCUGACCGAAGUGAAUACCUCGAAGUCCUGGAAGCUCGGAAUCUCUCUGGGCAUGAACAUGUGCCUGAUCCAGGUUAUCUACCUCGCAGGCUUUGCGAUGAGUGCGGCGUGUAUUCAGUACUGGAACUUCAACGCAAACCAGGUGCUGCUCACUCUCUUCUGCGUCGUCUUCGGUGUGAUGUCUGUGAGCUCCAUCGUGCAGUACAUCCCAGACUCAGCAUCGGGUCACCACGCCGCUGUGGAGGUCUUCCGCCUCAUCGACCAGGUUUCCAAGAUCGAUGCCACGCAGCCCACCGGGCACAUCGAGAGCAUCGGUGAUGGCAACAUUGAGUUCAAGGACGUCUGCUUCUGGUAUCCUCAUCGCCCCGAGGUGAGAGUGCUCAAGAAGCUCAACUUCAAGAUUGAGAAGGGUCAGGCAGUCGCCUUGGUGGGCUUCUCCGGCAGUGGCAAGUCCACCGUGAUCCAGCUUCUGCAGAGGUUCUACGACCCACAGGCCGGUUGCAUCCAAGUGGGUGGCCAGAACUUGCGCGAUCUCAAUGUGGCGUGGUGGCGUAUGCAGGUUGGCAUGGUUGGACAAGAGCCCGUGCUCUUUGAUGUGACCCUGGAAGAGAACGUGAGAUACGGCAAUCCGGAGGCCACAGAUGAACAGGUGACAGAGGCAGCUAGGGCGGCCAACAUGGACUUCGUCAUCGCCGGAAACGUGAAGUGGACGGAUCGGGUGGGGCUUCGUGGAGAGAAGCUGUCGGGCGGACAGAAGCAGCGUGUCGCCAUUGCCCGUGCCUUGCUCCGGCGACCCCAGUUCAUGCUUCUCGAUGAGGCGACGUCGGCGCUGGAUUCGACCUCCGAGCGGUUGGUGCAGCUGGCAAUGCAGGAGGCGCGGGUGGGCAAGACCACCAUCACCGUGGCUCACCGCCUUUCCACGAUUCAAAACUCAGACAAGAUCUUCGUGAUGGCCAACGGCCGGGUCGUGGAAUCGGGCACCUAUACCGAGCUGAUCAACAUGGACGGAAACUUCGCCAAGCUGGCAGCCCGCAGUUUGUAA